AUGAGAGCCCGUUCCGAAGUCAGCCGUCAGCGAUCAGCAGCAGCGGCAGCAGUGCAAGCGACAGUAACGCAGUGUCAAGGGCCGAGUGCGAUAGCGGGGGUGGGAGAGUGUGCGGCGGCGGCGGAUGGCAGUGUUUGGCGGCCGUUCGGUCGGAGAAGGACGAAGGUGUCGGCCCGCCCGGGUCGCGGCUGGCUGCCGUUCGGGGCGACGGUGCUGCUGGCAGCACUGCUCGGGCCACCGUUUGAUGUGCCACGCGGCCCGGGUUCGAACCCGGGAGUCGUGAGUGGGAGCGAGUUCCCGGAGCGGGAAUGCUGCGAUCCCGUCUAUCCACCGAUGCCCGACCUGGACGCGCUUCCGGGUCCGGUGUACCCGACGACAACGAUUUCCACCUCCUCGUUCCAGACCGGUGGCGGCGGCGGCGGUGCGGGGCCCGAAGCUGGCGGGGUAGGGCCUGGCGGCGAGCUGGGCGGCGGUAGCAGUAGCGGGGGCCUCUCCGGCCCAGGCGCCGGUUCCGGGGCCGCCGGUAAUCAACUGUCAUCUUCGCGACCGAUGCACAUCGGUUACUCUGGAUCGAAUAUUAAGACUGCGAUAGCUAUUUUAAAUUGUAUAUUAGCCCGACAACUCUGUUUCGAGGAUCCAUCAUGUUCAGCCAUCCUAGAGAUCAUCCCGCGCGUCUGCGGACCGGUGCCAGUCGCUUGCAGCACCGUCACCGUUACGAAAUGCCAAGCCGCCCUCCGGACGCUGCAGGCAUUUCCCUUUUUCCGGCCCACCUGUCUGUGCAAGGAACCGGGCAUCGAUCCGGACUGUAAUUACUUUCGGGACUUCCUGUUCGAUCAUCCUUGCGGUUUCGUGUCUAAGAAAGAAAAAGACCCGUACCCGGUGGAUGCACUGCCCACGUGCAACCAUGCACUGUCUGUGUGCCAGCAGGAGCGAAAGUGUAUUAAACUAUUUGAAGACUUUAAGCUUCACUGCAAAGUGCGGGAAAACAAGUGCCGCAUGGAAGAUAGGGAUUUAUGCUACGAAGCGUGGACUAAUCUGAGAUUAUCACCGAUGUUCGGCUGCAUCUGCCCGAAUAAUCACAUGAAGCGUAGAUGUGAUAAAAUAUUUAGCGUUGUUAACCAUAAUCCGUGCGUCGAUGUACUUCCUUCUGCACUCGAUAUAUCAUCCGGCACCGCCACCAACUCCAUCUAUCCGAACUUCUAUCCCUCCGACAUCAUUGAAGAUCCCCCGCCGACCAGCACUUACCCCUACUUCCUGUUUCCGUCGCGCAAGUACCCACCGUCCGCGUUCGGGGCCGCCAUCUACAGCGCCACCGUGGACUACAUUAAUCUACCCGAUGGCGCUUCCGGCCCCGGCAGCAACAGCUCCACCGGUGGUUCCGGCCACGAACAAGAUCAAUCCUCCUCCUCCUCCUCCUCCUCCUCGUCUUCUUCGUCCUUUUCAUCCGUGCAUCGACAGCACCCGGGCACGGAGCACAGCUAUCGCACUAGAUAUGAGCACAAUUCUGACACCUUGCACCACACCAAGCACCAAAGUACCACUCACAGUAGCCAUAAUGCACCGAUCGCAAGCAGCGAGCACCACCCGGCACCGCCGCACAAUCACAGCCGAUCACAGCCGUGGCCCGAUCAGCACCAGCCCGGUCAGCACCAGCACCAGCUGCCGCAGCACCAUUACACGGAGAGCCGGUGGGACAGCAUGUCCGUCCCAGCCGACCUCCACCAGCUACCGGAGACGGUGCGGGCAAUGGGUGUGGACGAUAAUUAUCACCGGUUGCUGGACCAGAAUAUGGCGCUGAUCGAGACGCCGCUGGUGGCGCCCUCGCACGCCUACUAUCCGCAGCACUACAAGGCGGCACUCUAUCCGUACAACGUCAGCGCCUACCACCAGCUGCACCAGCGCGGUCCGGUGGCCGGUGGCCACUUCGGUCCGGCCUGGGGCGCUCAGCCGCACCACCAGCACUCCCACCAGCACCAGCACGCCCACCAGCACCACCCACACCCGCACGACCUCGGCUGGGGUGGGGCUGGUGCCGGUGCUGGUGGUGACGGGGUCGACGGGUUCGAUGCCGGAAGCUAUCUGGCCGCCCCGGGAGGAGGGUCCUCUCCGGUCGACAAUAUUCUUAUCAGUUUGAACGGUGACGGCGGCGACGGAGACGCGGCCAUCGAGCUCGGGGGCACCAGCUACGAGCAUACGGUGGACAAACAAUUCGGCUCCGAUGACAUCGAGGAGAAGGAGGCAGAAAUGAGUUUUAUUCAUUUCCAAAGUACGUGCCAUCUGGCGCUGGACGCGUGCCGCGAUGACCAGGUCUGCUCGUCGGCCCUGAAGACGGUGCUGAUGCACUGCGAUCAGCACCGGUGCAAUCGGAACGCCUGCAUGGAGUCGCUGCAGCACUUCUACAAGAGCAUCCACGACGAUCUCAGCCUCGACAUUGCGUUCUGUCUGUGCAGGAAAACGCCCAACCGGCACGAUAGCUGCAUGAUCGCGCAGGAGAAGCUGCACCCGGUGUGUGCCCAGCGGCCCCCGGAGAGCCUCAGCCAGCCACAGCCGCAGUCUUCAUCGGGCGCCAGCGGGGCCGUCCUGUACAAUGCCCCGCCGGCGUGCCACGCGGUGGCCGAGCUGUGCCGCGAAGAUGAAGACUGCCGGGCGCGGCUCGAGGUGUUCGAACAGUCCUGCGCGGUGGACAGUGUGACCAAGAAGUGUGCCGGAAAGACGAGCGCUUGCAGGCAGGCUAUGCUUGGCAUUCUGGGCACCCCGCUGAGGACGACCUGCGCCUGCCAGGGUUCCGAUAUGCAGCAGCUGUACGACUGUCUCGGGUGGCAGCGGCUGCUCUGGCUCAACCCAUGCGUCGUGGAAUCGCAAAAGGAUUUCCAUCUGAAGCGCCUGGCGGAACUCGGACUGCUGACGACCACGACGACGAUGCAGACCACAACCAGCACGACCACGACCACCAUGAGAACAACCCGCAUGACUCUGCCGCCAACGCCACCACCGACGAAACCGAAACCGGUGUACCGACCGAAGCCGACGGAGAUCCAUACGAUCGAAACGAACUACGUGGAGACUCCCGAUACGCGGCCGGAGACGCUACGUCAGAAUCACAACGGGUUGAUCGAGCGGACGGAUUUGGACCCCGCGCGCCCAGACGAAGACGAUCGUCGCCGUCCGAACCCGACGCCCAACGAGAAGGACGAUGACGACGACGACGACGAUGAAGAUUCCGAGCGGCGGACAAACACAGUCCAGCGGCACGACGAGCAAGUUCUGCACGUCGUCAGUACGGAGGUUACCGAAAUGGAAACGCUGCCCCCGACGACCACCACCACGACGACUACCACUGAGCCUACGACCACACCCGUUCCGAUUCGGUACUGCGUGGUCCAGCGAUCGCAUCAACCGGACCAGCUGAUUGCUGAGGGCAAAAGUCGGCGGCUGUACAUCCUGGAUGACGCCGAGUGCAGUGAGCUGUGCACGUGCGGUGGCGGUGGAGAAUCCUUGGCCCUGACCUGUCACGCCCUGUGCGUACCACUCGCACCCUGCCGGACGGCGCUCGCGUACUACAGCCACGCCGCACCGGCAUACCAGGCGUUCCGGGGCCGCUGCCUCUGCUACUCGGGGCGCUUCAUCUGCAUGAGGCCACCGCCCGGCGAAUAUUUGCUGCCUGGUGGCAUCUUUCUAUUACUAGGUUAUAGUUCUACCGACGAAGCACUGUUAAGACCGCACACAAACUUAGGAGUACAGGAUGCCGUACGUGCCCUUCAGCAGUACGUCCUGCAGCAUAUAGACAAUUCGACCCUUUGUACAAUAACACUGUUCAACAUCACCGAAGAGAACAUCAUCCUUUCGAUACGGCUCCCGCUCGACCCGAAGCUCACGUCGAUGCAGCUGCUAAAGCAGGAGAAGGAUCAGUGCACGCGGAUCCUCGAAACGAUCAGCCAUCAGAUCAACACGCAGUACGUGGAGCUGUCGGCGCACCGGCUGCUCAGCAUCUUCAAGAUGGCCGAGGUGCAGAUCGUUUGGCCCGAAAUCAGCCAUGCACGCCGCACGUAUACGACUCCGUCGGUGGCCGUCAGCCUCGGGAUGGUGGUGCUCACCGUGCUCGGCACCGUGCUGUUACCACCGUUCGUCCACCGCUGGAACCACCAGCAACGAUGGCCAGCACAGCGACCCGUCACCACGUGA